CAGAAACUGUCAGAAAAGUCAGAUGCUCCCGUGGAUGAAACUGUUCAACUCGGCCAAUUGGCAAUGUACUCCAGAUUGCCGUUGUACAAAACAAGCUUAGUGCAACGACUGUCAGAUCCGUAAAGAUGUCAGACGUCCUUGACGCUGAGGCAUUCGAGAUAAGCCUACGACAGUGGAGGGCAUGUGGAGAGGCGCUUCUGAAUCGGUGGGAUGAUAUCAUCAAUGAAAUGAAUAAGCUUUCUUUAGCUCAAGCUGGAAAUCGAAUGUAUGGAAAAUUAAUUAGCGUCUUUGGAGGAGUGCUUGCUGUAGGUGGAAUAGUUGCAGCCCCUUUCACAGGAGGAGUAUCAGCCGCCGUCAUUACUCUUUUUGGGUCAGGAGUUUCUGCUGUCGGAGGUAUCGUCUAUAAUGCUGCAGCUAUCUAUGAGAAAGUGAAGGAAAAUAGCAAAUCGGACGAGAUCAGUCUGAUGAUGGAUGACUUCUUUCAGAGGACAGAGGGUCUUCUGGAAAGAUACGAUGCAAGCUUCCUCAAAUCCUUUAAGUCGAAUCUGAUGUUCGCUCUUCAAAAUGUCUUAAAUUCCAUUCCAUUUGCUGUACCUACCACAACUGCAACAAUGACCGGUGCGUUUAGCACCGUCUUCAAAAAGAGCCCACCAACUUCGUACUUUUCUCCAGACCCGGAGCUCAAAUACAAAGUCUUCGGAGAAGAAUACCCGGCCAAUUAUGUCCACAACCUAUGUGCAGCUGUUUGUGUUUUCGUCUUGUUCGUCAGUAUCCUUGCGGAUAUUAAUGCAAUAAUAGACGAAAAGCGAAUCGUAGAUGGAAGAGACUUGGGGAAAUACAUAAAAAAGCUUCAUUUCCUUCGCAGUGAACUACAAACAUGUUUGAUGGAAGGCUUCCAGGUAGGCUGUGCUCUACACGUAAGCGUGUCACUCAACUCUGAUGUCCAAGAAACAGGCGCCUUUGCCCUGCAAUGA